AUGGCCGAUAUCACUGCCGUCGGUGAGGAGAACCCUUCUCCCACCCAGGACGACCUGCAGCAGGCCGCCGGUAACGGCGCCGCUGACAACCGCGGCACCAAGCGUUCUCGCAUGAGCGCCGACGACGACGACGAUGAUGACGACAAGCCUGGUCGCGAGCGCAGAAAGAUUGAGAUCAAGUUCAUCCAGGAUAAGUCGCGUCGCCACAUCACCUUCUCCAAGCGGAAGGCGGGUAUCAUGAAGAAGGCCUACGAACUCUCCGUCCUUACCGGUACCCAAGUACUGCUCCUGGUCGUGUCUGAGACCGGUCUCGUGUAUACUUUUACCACCCCGAAGCUUCAACCGCUCGUUACCAAGGCCGAGGGCAAGAACCUCAUCCAGGCCUGCCUGAACGCCCCGGAUCCCACCUCCAGUGAGAAUGGCGUCGAUGCGCCCGAGGUGCCCGCCGAGACACCCGAGGACGUGAGCCACGCCAAUGUCAACCCGCAGCAGUCGAAUAUCCCGCGUCCCGCGGGCAUCCACCCGGGCUACAUGACCAACGAGCAACAGCAGCAGAUGGCCUACUACCAGAACCUCCAGCAGCAACAACAGCAGGCUGGCGGGCAGUACCCCGGCAUGCCUGUGGGCAACCGGAUGCCACCUCAGCAUCAGCCCACUGCUUAA